AUGAGCCCCUCCCAUUUGUGCAGCAUGUGGGCGUUGGCUUUUUGUUCAAACUGUAAACAUAAACAAAAUGGAAGAAGAGCCUUCAAUGGAUUGGCUCUACAGUUCUAACCCAAAGAGGCCAAUUUCAAUUCAAAGAGAGAUACAGAAACUGCAAAAGAACCGGCCAGUGACUAGUAUUCUCUCAAAGCAGCUAUUUAAAGAAAAACUAGAGGAUAUACUAAAAGAUCAUGUUGCUGGGUCUUCAAAAAGCAGACAAAAGCAAAAAGCACUCCGUAAACUACAAGAAAAUGUCUUACCAGCUCCACCAGAAAUACCUCAUCAAUCUAUACCACCUCUCUCAUAUGCUGGAGCCUCUGUAGGGUUCAAAGUUCGACCUAUUAAUGAUUUAAAGGGAGCAGUAGGGGAUGAAUACAGCAUGCAUGAGAGGAUUGCUCGUUGCAAGUUGGCAUCAUUGUACAGGCUUGUUGAAAGAUUUGGCUGGUCUCAGUUAAUCUAUGACCACAUUACAUUUUUCUUGCCUGGUGAGAUAAAUUGCUAUCUUACGAAUGCAUUUGGUCUUCAUUGCUCUGAAGUGACUGCCUCUAAUCUUGUCAAAGUUGACUCCAAUGGUUCUAUAGUUGAUCAAGGAUCUACUCAAUUGGGUAUCAAUAAAGAAGGUUUUGCUCUACAUUCAGUCAUAUACUCUGCCAGGCCUGAUGUAAGAUGUAUUGUACAUGUAAAUGCAAUAGCUGGAGCAGCUGUAUCUGCCAUGAGAUGUGGACUGAUGCAACUUAGUCAAGAAUCAAUGAAAGUGGGCAGAGUGUCUUAUCAUAAAUAUACCGAUAAUAUUAUGAACGACAUGAACAAAAGACAGCUUUUAACUGAUCUUGGCCCGGUGAAUAAGGUAUUGUUUCUGCAUAAUCAAGGCCUUCUUGCAAUGGGUAGAACAGUUGAGGAAGCCUUUAGCAUCUGUUACAAUGUCAUGAGAGCUUGUGAAAUUCAGGUUCAAACACUUUCGGCUGGACGGGACUUUGCAUUAGUUAUCAGGGAUGAUUCUGUUAGAGAAUUUGCUAUCAGAAACAAAGAGAUUAAUGCUGAGAAUUAUGAAUUAGAGUUUGAAGCUAUGAUGAGAUUACUUGACCACUUGGGAUACGAUACUGGCUAUCCUUAUAAAAGACAGAAAAUUUCUAAAGGUGAAAGAGAUGAUUUUCCAAAGUCAAGAACAAAGGACGAAGAGCUUAAAAUUUUGUCUAAUAACAUAAGAAAAGAGAUAAACAGAAUACGUGAAGAAAGAAAGCAAGAGCAGCAAGCUUACUAUGAGAGGAACUCUCAGUUUCAAGCAAUGCCGGGUAUGUAUGUAACUGGUCAUUCUUCUACUUCUAUGCAUCAGAGCAUGCCUGUGAUGACACCUACUAGAAUAGGAAAUAUGCCACAGGGUCAAGGGCUGCAUUCAGAGCCAACAGCAUCAAAUGAAUGGAGCUUCUUAGAUAAUAGAAUAGCUGACAGCAGUCCAAUAGGUUUUAGGAAGAGUACUAAAAAUCGUCAGCAUGUUCCAGCACAACUUUCAACCAGUCAACCUCAACCAAUUCUUCCGUCAACUAGUCAGCCAUUGUUCCAGUUGACAAGUCAACCAGUAGUAGCAUCAAUUGCUGAACGAGCUCCAUUAGUAUAUUCACCACAAUUGACUGCCCCUCCUUCAUUUAGUAGUGGGCCAGCUUUACCUUUGCAUUAUCCAGUAUCAACUCUCACUGCACCACUGCAUGCACCAGUAACCAAUUCAUUAACCUCUGAAGUAUCUCUUCCAUUCACCAGUGGACAGACAACAUCAUUCUCUCAUCCUCAACCAUUUCCUACAUUACAUCCACCAGCAUCUAUUCUUACUGCUAGCUCUAGCUCGUAUUUUCCACAAUCUUUUAGUGCAACUCAAUCUCCUGCAUCUUUGACACAAUCAUCUAGUAUGACAUACUCUUUCCCAGCAAGCAGUGUAGCCAUGUUGCAUAUUCCAUCAUCAAGUACUAAAGUGUUUUCUUCUCCUGCAAUUUCUUUAGUCAGUCAUUCAGUAGUUCCAUCAUCUGAUCCUGGUAGUAAAGUAAAGAAGCAGCCUCACUUCAUGGAGAGAGUUCAGUUUAAUCCUCAUGUUAGUUAUGUCUCUCCUGAUGAUGAUUCUUCUCCACCAGAAGGUCAAAUCUCAAGCAGUGCUGAUAAUGAGCCUGCUGCAGCAAGCUGGUCAAGGAGAUUACGUCCCAGCUCCUCCUCCUCUUCUACUUCUACUGGAUCUCCUCCUGCCUCACCUUCUUGGCAGCCAAGGGAUAUUAAUGGAAGGCUAGAUAAAGUUAAAGUGAAGGCUCAAGUUGUUGCAAGGUCAACUGGCCAGUCAGCAGAAAGACUCGCAUCACAUAUGAAGAAGAAACAGCAGCAGCAAGGAGCUCAUUCCAGCUCAUCUUCUUCUAUGGCAAGUCUAAGCAGUAAUGGUAGCAUCAAAAAUAAGUCUACAUUGACCAGUGGUGAUAUUGAUGUGAAUGAUGAUGAUGAGUUUACUAAGAAAUUGAAAGGGUUAGAUAAAGUGAUUCAUACUGCGGAGCAGGUUGCACAAUCAACUGGAGAGUCGGUUGAGAAACUAUCAAAGAAUUUGGUUCAAUCUCCAAAGUUGUUGAGAAACAUUAUUUAAACAGCAUUGAAUUUGCAAAAAUAUUAAUGUUUUUUAUUAUUGAAUUUUAGUAUUAAAUCUACCAUAAUAAAUCUAUUUAUAGAAAAUAUUUAAUUGGAAUAA